UCACGGUCACAAAAACAUAUCACCUCUAGCUAGUUACACAUCUCCGCCGGAAAAUCCCUCGCCAGCACAAUACCCGCAGCAGGUUACCUCGACCAGUGCAUGAACUGGGAUGUCUGCAGCCGACUGGUACGCCCACAAAUCGCUCGGAGAGGGACUCUGGAUCCAGGAGCGAUUCUACCAGUCAGAGAACCGGGCCAACAUCUGGCUGCUCCGCGGCUCGCACCAGGACGUGGUGAUAGACACUGGUCUGGGUUUGAGGAGCUUACCUGACUACAUCGACGAAAAGGGGUUGCUCGGCAAAGAUCCGCAGAGGAAGAACCCGCUGCUGGCCAUCGCCACCCACGCCCACUUCGAUCACUCGGGUGGUCUUCAUCAAUUCCAACAGGUGGGCGUCCACAGCGCCGAGGUCGAUGCCUUGGCCAACGGAGACAACUUCGAGACGGCCACCUGGCUCAGCGACAGGGAGAUAGUCGAGGCUCCCAGUCCAGGAUGGAGGGCAAGGCACUACAAAGUCAAGGCUGUGCAGCCCACACACAUACUGCAGGAGGGCGAUGUCAUCAACCUGGGUGACAGACAGCUGACCGUGCUCCACAUGCCUGGCCACUCUCGGGGCAGCAUCUGCCUCCACGACCGUGACAAUAAGUUGCUCUUCAGUGGAGAUGUAGUUUACGACGGUGCCAUGAUUGACUGGCUGCCCUACAGCCGCGUCAGUGACUACAUCAGCAGUUGUGAGCGCCUGGUGGGGCUAGUGGACAGCGAACAGGUUGACCAAGUCCUCCCGGGACACUACAACACCUUUGGUGCGAAGCGGCUUCACCGGAUUGCAACCACAUAUAUCAGCAGAGCUGGGACGUGCCCAGCAAAGUUCUCCACCUUUGCCUGGGGUACUCUGGCCGGUGUGGCGCUGCGGGCAUUCAACCCACGGUGUGCCUGCUAAUGUGAUGGGAUCAUGGAGCUGAAGGAAGCACAAGUGAACAAAGAAAGAUGUUUAAAUAUGGAGGGGAGACACCCCUCGUUUAUCUGUAACUUGAUGUAACAUUGUUCAUUUACUUAUGUGAUCCAACAGACAUUAUAGAAUUGCCAAACUUUCUGGAAAAAUGCCCCAAUUGGGUUACAUAAGUCAAUAAUAAGCAUCAUAUGAAGCAUACAAUAUACAGUAUUUAUAGUGUUAUUCUGGCUAUACUAUUUAAUAUGUAUUUGUUGGGUUAAAUAUGAUUAUGUAUGUUUUUUAUACUUUAUGCAGUUGUGAAAUUAUAAUAGCACACCGAUGGUACAACUCUGCAUUGCAAACUGCAAGCAGAGUCAGUACGGCCAUAGUAUGUCUCUAUGCAUUCUACAAUGCUCAGUGAAGACUCAGUGUCGACUACCUCCCACGUUUGUAACAGAGCUUUGUACUAUUGACACAUCAAAGGCUUUGGCACCGAAACGUUGACAAUAAAGGCUCGGUUCUACCUGCCUUUCCUCAUGCAUCUACCAAGACAGACAAGUUGGGUUCUCCUGGGAUUUAAUUGCUGGAGGGAGAACGAGAGGAACAGAAUUGGAUAUAAUACAAUCUAUCAUAUGCUCAGAGUGCAGAGCACUUACUGCAGGAACAAGUGUAUGUGGGGAAAAGGAAGAAAGUUUCCCUCGGCCUACACAGUGAACACUGCAUGUUAGACCUGUUAAAACUCCUAUAUGCUAUGCUACACUUUCAAUUUAAGUAAGAGAUGUAUUCAAUCAAAAUUUAAGAUGCACAGUUAAGAUGAAUAAAACUUGAAAUAUUACCAUCUUAUUUCAU